CAUUUAGAAAAUACUUAACUUUACACUACAAGAAAAUGUUGAUAUUGCGACCGAUUUUUGUGUCAAAAUAAUUUGUCACAAUAUUAUGACGAUUUUCUGACAAAUUUGUGACAAAACUAUUAUGUUACAAAAUAGUAACUAUUUAGUCAUAAUAUUGUAACAUAAUAAAAAGUAACAAAAAAAUGUCAUAAAUAAUGACAAACUAGUGACGAAAAGUUCCGUCUUACAUAUUGUUAGUAAUUAUGCGACCAUAACUCAGUCACUAAUUCACAUAUAUUUGUUAUAAAGUGAACGUCAUCAAAUUUUAUGACUAUUUUUGUUAAAAUCAGUUUCUUUUUAAUAAAACAUGUAAAUUUUAUUCACGUGAAUAUAAAUAGUGGAGAGUCAUCGAUUCUUACUCCAAAAAGUUUUUUUUCUCAGUUUCAAAAACUAAACCGUUACUUCUAUUUAUAAACAUGAGAUUAGAUUCUCUAUAUAUGAUCAAAUUAUAAAAUUUAAUCAAACCAUUAUAUCUGUGUUUCUUUUGCUAAGAAUCUUAAUAUCAUUGGUGAUUGAGAUUUGCUGCAAAGUAUUUUAACCUUUUGUUUUUGGUAAAUUGUUAAAGUAUUAUACCAAAUUUUAAAUUUUUUUACAGACAACACACAAAGAACUUGUAGCAAAUGAAACAUAAAGAGUUAUUCUUGAAUUAUUUGUAGGUUCACCAAACAAUAUGAAUUAGUUAUUUUAUAUUUAGUAUCUUUUAAAAAAAAGAAAAAAAAAAUUGUUAAUUUAUAUCAUAAUUUUAAAAUAAAUAAAAAAUAAUACUAGUUGCAAAAAAAAGAAUUAAAAAAUAUUUUUUAACACCGUCAUCAGAACAUUAAACUCUAAACCCUUGUGUAAACAUAAAAUUUUGGAUAAAUCUUAAAACCCUAAAUCUUAAAAACACUAAACCUAAAAAUAAAUCUUAAACCCUAAAUCAAAACACUUAACCAUAAACCCUGAAUCUUGUGUGUUUGAAGUCGGUCAUGAGGAUUUGAGGUUUAUAAAAAAAAUUGCAAAAAGGUUUAUAAUAAUUCAUAUGAAAAUCAUUUAAUAUCCUCUUUUUGUAUUUUAUGAUCAUCUCUUGUUUCUUUUCUUGGCCAUAUUAUAUAUUUGACAAAUCAUUGUAUCUAAGUUUCUUUGAUUACACUAGACGUACACGUAUAAGUUUAUGUGCACAUGUGUCUUUGCAGAGACCCCAGAAGUAAUUAGCUUGAGAAAAGAUCCCUCCGUUGAGAAGUAGAGGGAGUCUUACGACUCAACCAACACUCGCAAAUUAUUUAGUUUGGCAUAAAAUUUAUUUUAUCGUUUGUGCAUUCAAAAGAUCAUGCCGACUAUCACUUCCUAAUGAGGGGGUAUUUCCCUUGUCAAAAUUACUCAAUAUUUCUCUCUUAUUUGUUUCUUUCUCCGUCGUCUUCAGUUAGAAAGAUGGCUCCACCAACAAUAGGUGGACGCUCUUAUGGGAGAUCACCGAAAGCCAAAAAGACGAGUGCUAGUGCACGUGCUUCUCGAUUGUCUAAUCGCAAUGGUUUAGAUCUACAUCAACAUAGAGCUGGUUUAUGUUCAUAUGCCAAAGUUCAGGAUGUGCUGGAAGCAAACAACGAAGACUUCUCUUUUAUUGCUGUGAUGAAGAAAACACAUCAAAAACCGGACGGAACUUACGUUGAUGAGCGAGCUCGAUUGGUUGCAGACACUUAUGAAAAGCAUGUACAACAACGCCUGGGACAACUUGAAUCUUCUGGUCUACAGAAUGUGACACCUGAGAAUCUUGAUCAGUGUGAGAAAAACGAAAUUUUUAUCAAGGAUGCUGGAACAUCUAACCAAGGACAUGUCUUUGGACUUGGAGCACUACACAGUAAGGUUUUACCAUCUAUUGAAGCUCCAUCGAAUGAAUCACAUGCUUCUGAAGAAGUGGAAAUAAUAACAAAAAGAUUGCAAGAGGUGGAAGCAGAGCUUAAACAGAGCUGUAAAGAGAAUCUACAGUUUGAAAAAAAAAAGACUUGAAAAUAUGGAAAAGCUUGUUCAGUCAAUCACAAGUUUGAAUGUCUAGGUCUGGAUCCACCACCAACACUAUCCAGUUUCCAUGGAAUACGUUCACAACAUGUUCUUAGUAUCUUUUAUUAUGUAUUUUGUUAAGGCUUUUUUCUUGUUGUUAUCUUUGCAAACGUACUUUGUUCUUUGAUUUGGAUGCUAGUUCUUGGUGGUAAUUUAACGUUUUAUUAUGUGUUUCAUUGUAUGUAUUAUAGAUAUUUGAAAAAUAAUUACGUAGUCACGAUAUAUGACUAAUUUGCAACA